UCUCCUCUCAUCUCAUCCCCCUUCUCCGCCACUCCUCUUCCGCCCCGCGGCGGCGACCGGACCUUUGCCGCCAAAGCCGGCCACGACCUUCCCCUUCGCACCAGGUAAGAUUACAGAAUGUUUUCCUUGAGAUACGGGACGCCAAAUUUUGGUGUACCGUUGGAGAGGACUGCUAUUCCACAUCCUCGCAAGUUCAACUCUGUAGUGGUGUGCGGUGCCCGGGGUCCGAGACCAAGGUAUCCUCGUGUGUGGAAGACUGACAAGAGGAUCGGAACCGUUGCCAAGUCACAGAAGCUUGUCACAUGUAUUAAAGGUCUGUCUAAUGUAAAGGAGGAAGUUUAUGGUGCUCUGGAUUCCUUUGUUGCGUGGGAACUGGAGUUUCCCUUGAUAGCGGUAAAGAAGGCGCUGAACACGCUUGAAAAUGAAAAGGAAUGGAAAAGAAUCAUUCAGGUUAUUAAGUGGAUGUUCAACAAAGGUCAAGGGAAGACCAUGGGAAGCUAUUACACUCUGUUAAAUGCUUUAAUUGAGGAUGGACGAGUUGAGGAGGCAGAAGAGCUAUUUGCGAAGAUAUUCUCGAGAUAUAUGGAGGGUUUGCCCCGUACGUUUUUCAUGAAAAUAAUCUCCAUGCAUUACAGUUUGGGAUCAUACCAGAAGAUGUUUGAGGUUUUUGCGGAUAUGGAAGAGCUGGGUGUUCGACCUGAUCGUUCAAUUGUCAGGAUGCUUGGUAAAGUAUUUCAGAAGCUAGAGAUGUUGGACAAAUACGAAAAGUUACAUCAGAAAUAUCCACCGCCAAAAUUUGAAUACCGAUACAUCAAAGGCAAGCGCAUAAGGAUAAGGGUUUACCCAGAUGAUGAUAGUACUGAAGAGGCAACAAAGAGCGACUCUGAACCUGACAGAGAUGAACUGGAAGUGGUAGAAAGCACAAAUCUUGACAAUUAAUUGGAAGAAGCAGCAAGCACAUGCCUGGGCAGGAAUGCAUAGUGCAGAGCUUAAAUUUGGUGUUUCCGUGCCUGCCUCAUCAAAGCAGGUAAUAAGAAAGUGGCUGGUAAGCUUGGCCUAGUUUUGUUAUCAUGGAAUCAGAACAAUGCUGAACUAUAUAACGUCAUAAUGGCUGAAAUGAUUGAAGUAGGAAAUUGGCAGGCAUCGGGUACAUGAUAGGAUCCUUUUGGAAACUAAAGAAAUAAUAUUUUUACCAGUGCUUCUCAAGUUCUCUUGAGCAGCCACAAAAUUCACUUGAGAAUGUAGUUUAAAGUGUUUACCAUGGAAUUAAAGGAUGUAGAAUUUAAAAUAUUAGAUCAAAAGAAAUUGUUUGUAGUGUAAGUUCUUUACCAUGGAAUUAAAGAAUGUCGAGUUUCUUCUUAACAA